AUGAACUGGUGGUUGAAGCCGCACCACAAGGAGCAAAGCAACCGUCCCAUCGGAGUACCAGGAAAAGCAGCCGCCGACGGCCGUUCAGGUGGACAAGGCCAAGCUCAACUGCUCCAUGUGCGCUGCUUGUUGACGCCUCCCGUCUACCAGUGCGCGGUGGGGCACCUGGCGAGCUGCAGCUGCCGCGUCAAGCUCCUGGGCCGCCAUUGCCGGACCUGCCGCGACCGCGGCACCGCCUCCUCCGCCUAUGCGCACUGUCCUGGCCUCGCCUUCUUCUUCGCCGACCUCGGGGUGUUGUGGGAUUUCGAGCAGUACGACUGCAAGGCCUAUGUCCCCUACUUCCGCGGCGCCAACCACGGCUGCAGCUCCCUUCUCUGCUCGCUGCGGAGGCGCGGACGCUAG